AUGGUGAAUUCUGCCUCGGCAUGCAUCUUGAAGAUUAGAUAUGAGGAUUCAUUUACUGUUUCUCAUUGCAGGACAAAAAAUCAUCACCGCUUGGCAGUUGCUGCGAGCGUGGUUCAAGGAGCAUACAAUUUAGAAUAUGACCGCCAGGAAUCCCAACAUCCCCGAGUUCAGUCUUCCCAUUGGUGGCACUUCUUGUUAAAGUUAUCAACAUCAGCAUUGGGUUCAACAUUUGGUAUCAGAGCCAGGUUGAAGAGGCAUUUCAGAGAGUGUUUGAGAGUCAAACACGUGAGGAAAAGAGAGAGUGAAAUGGGUGAUCUUCAAGUCAUUGGCGGAAUAAAAAAGCUCAACAACCAAAAUUACAAUACUUGGUCAACAUGCAUGAUGUCGUACAUGCAAGGCCAAGACUUGUGGGAGGUUGUGAACGGAAGCGAAAUUACUCAACCAAAGGUUGAGGAUGCGAAUGGUAUACUGCGAAAAUGGAAGAUAAAAGCGGGCAAAGCGAUGUUUGCUUUGAAGACAACGAUCGAAGAAGAUGUGCUAGAGCAUAUUCGAGAUGCCAAAACCCCUUACGAGGCUUGGAAUACGUUCACCAAGCUGUUCUCAAAGAAGAAUGACACAAGGCUCCAACUUCUAGAGAGCGAGUUGUUUUCGGUAGCACAGCGUGACUUGACAAUCGCUCAAUACUUUCACAAGGUGAAGACGUUAUGCCGGGAAAUUUCUGAGUUGGAUCUAGAAGCCCCAAUCGGUGAAACCAGGAUGAAGAGAAUAAUCAUCCAUGGUUUGAGACCAGAAUUUAGAGGUUUUGUUGCUGCUAUACAAGGAUGGCAAAAUCAACCAUCACUUGUUGAGUUUGAGAAUUUGCUAGCUGGUCAAGAAGCCUUGGCUAAACAAAUGGGAGGAGUUUCACUCAAGGGUGAAGAGGAAGCGCUUUAUGCCCACAAAGGCGGGUGGAAUUCCCAGCAGCACACCGUCAGAAGAACUAAAAAGAAUGAGGACAAGGCAAAGUGUAGUCAAGAUUGUUGGUCGAAAAAAGGGCUUGUGGAAAGUAAUGCUACUACUUCCAAAAGCGAAGAUGAGUGGGACGCUCAGGCAUUUUUUGCUGCAAUAGGAGAAUCAGCUUUUAUAGCAACAACGUCUGAACAAAUUGAUUAUGAGAAGGAUUGGAUCAUUGACUCAGGCUGCUCAAAUCAUAUGACGGGUGAUAAAGAAAAGUUGCAGGAUUUAUCAGAGUACAAGGGAAGACAUAUGGUAGUCACAGCGAACAAUUCAAAACUACCAAUAGCUCACAUUGGUAAUACGAUAGUCUCUUUCCAAUAUAAUACUAAUGAUGUGUCGCUUCAAAAUGUCUAUCACGUCCCAGGUAUGAAGAAAAAUCUUCUCUCGGUAGCACAAUUAACGUCUUCAGGCCAUUCUGUUCUAUUUGGCCCUCAAGAUGUGAAAGUUUAUCAUGACCUUGAGGUUAUGGAAGAGCCGGUGAUAAAGGGACGGAGACUAGAGUCAGUCUAUGUGAUGUCUGCAGAAACUGCAUAUGUAGACAAGACCAGAAAGAACGAGACAGCUGAUUUAUGGCAUAUGCGAUUAAGUCACGUUAGUUAUUCCAAACUAACUGUGAUGAUGAAAAAAUCAAUGCUGAAGGGACUUCCACAACUUGAAGUGAGAAAAGAUACAAUCUGCGCAAGAUGUCAGUACGGCAAAGCGCAUCAGUUGCCGUAUGAAGAGUCAAAAUGGAAAGCAAAGGGGCCAUUAGAGCUAAUUCACUCUGAUGUGUUUGGACCUGUUAAGCAAGCCUCUCUUAGUGGGAUGAAAUACAUGGUGACCUUUAUUGAUGAUUUUUCCAGGUACGUGUGGGUGUACUUUAUGAAAGAAAAAUCUGAAACUUUCUCAAAGUUUAAAGAAUUCAAGGAAAUGAAGGAAGCAGAGGUUGAUAAAAGAAUCCGUUGUUUGCGUACUGACAAUGGAGGAGAGUAUACCUCAGAUGAGUUUUUUUACUUCCUCCGAGAAUGUCGAGUACGCCAUCAGUUCACAUGUGCCAACACUCCGCAGCAAAACGGUGUAGCAGAAAGAAAGAACAGGCACCUAGCAGAAAUCUGUAGAAGUAUGCUUCAUGCAAAGAAUGUUCCAGGACGGUUUUGGGCAGAAGCAAUGAAGACUGCAGCUUUCUUAGUUAUUUCCGAGUUUUCGGAUGUGUUUGCUAUGUCUUUGUACCUAAUCAUCUACGCAGCAAGAUGGACAAGAAGGCUGUUAGAAAAGGAAAUAUUACCAGAUUCAGAUGUUUUUAAGGAUGAGUUGCAAUCUGCUCGAAUCCAACUUAGCUUAGGUGAAGCUGAAAAUGCAGCCGAUGGUGAUAUCGGAGAUGACGAAACUCAAAGUCCUUGGCAAACUGGUGUGCAUGGACAACCAAGCGAAGAAGGUGAGCCUAGUGAAACAGAAGCACCAAUUCCACUUAGAAGAUCAAUAAGAACCAAGAAGCCAAAUCCCAAAUAUGCCAAUGUUGCCAUAGUAGAAGAUGCAAAUGCAAAAGAACCAAAGACAUUUGCAGAAGCAUUUCAGAAUUCAGACUGGAGUAAAGCUAUGCAAGAGGAAAUUGCAGCAUUAAAACGAAAUCAGACUUGGGAGCUCGUGCCAAAGCCAAGAGAUGUAGAGCCUUUUUCCUGCAAAUGGGUUUAUAAGAUAAAACGUCGCACAGAUGGAUCAAUAGAAAGGCACAAGGCUCAUUUGAUGGAUGUGAAGAAUGCAUUCUUGCAUGGAGAUUUGGAUCGAGAGAUCUAUAUGAAUCAACCGAUGGGCUUUCAGAGUCAAGGUCAUCCUGAAUAUGUAUGUAAGCUGCGGAAGGCACUCUACGGAUUGAAACAAGCACCCAGAGCAUGGUAUGGUAAGAUUGUUGAAUUUCUAACUCAAAGUGGGUAUUCAGUAACACCUGCAGAUUCUAGCUUGUUUGUCAAAGUUAAUGGAGGAAAGUUAGCUAUCGUACUUGUAUACGUAGAUGAUCUAAUCAUCACUGGAGAUGAUGUUGAAGAAAUUUUCCGAACAAAGGAGAACUUGUCAGUUCGUUUCGAGAUGAAAGAACUUGGACAACUUAAGCACUUUCUUGGGCUAGAGGUGGAUCGUACAAACGAAGGGAUAUUUCUCUGUCAACAAAAAUAUGCCAAAGAUUUGUUGAAAAAGUUCGGGAUGCUCGAAUGUAAGCCGAUCUCAACACCAAUGGAACCAAAUGCCAAGAUGUGUGAACACGAAGGCAAAGACUUGAAAGAUGCAACAAUGUAUCGACAAUUGGUGGGUAGUUUGCUUUACUUAACUUUAACUAGACCCGAUAUCUCUUAUGCAGUUGGUGUGAUGAGUCGAUACAUGCAAAAUCCAAAGAAGCCUCAUUUGGAAGCAGUUCGACGAAUUUUGAGACAUGUGAAGGGUACAAUUGAUUAUGGUCUGUUGUAUAAGAAAGGUGAAGAUUGCAAGCUAGUUGGCUACUGUGAUGCUGAUUAUGCAGGAGAUCACGACACCCGCAGAUCAACUACCGGAUAUGUGUUUAUGCUUGGAUCAGGAGCAAUUUCUUGGUGUAGCAAGAGACAACCGACAGUAUCUCUGUCAACAACGGAGGCAGAGUACCGAGCAGCAGCAAUGGCAGCUCAAGAAAGUACGUGGCUUAUACGGCUGAUGAAUGAUCUACAUCAACUAGUGGACUAUGCAGUUCCAUUGUACUGUGACAACCAGUCGACAGUUCGUUUGGCAGAGAAUCCAGUCUUUCAUGCAAGAACAAAACAUGUGGAAGUGCAUUAUCAUUUUAUUAGGGAAAAGAUCCUGGAAGAAGAGGUUGAGCUGAAGCAGAUUAAGUCAAAAGACCAAGUUGCAGACUUAUUCACAAAAGGUUUGAGUGGCAGCAAGUUUGAAAGCUUUUGUCAUCAGCUCGGUAUGUGGGUUCAACACUUCUUUCAUUUUGAGUUAAAACGUAAGCUCAAAGAUGAUGAAGAUUCAUCCAUCUACAGUGUCGUUUAUGAAAUGAAGAGCAUAUACCCUAACCAUUUGCCAGAACGUGCCCCAAAGUACAUUAUUGCCUUUCGUGGCACAAUCCCCAAACCGAGGAGCACCGUGAGGCAGGACCUGAAGUUGAAUAUCAAGGUCUUAACUGAUGAACUUCACAUGGACAAGUCCCGCUUUAAACACGUGCUGGAAGCUGUCAAAAAGGUUGUUCAAGAAGCUGGGUCUGCAAAUAUUUGGUUAGCAGGGCAUUCCCUGGGGUCAGCCAUUGCGAUGCUGGUUGGAAAAUCCAUGGCCCAGAAGGGUAAGUAUCUCGAAACUUUCUUUUUCAAUCCACCUUUCUUGAGGUGA